AGAGAUGAGCGCAUGCGCACCGGCCAUAGCAACACUUCGGGGGCCGCAGAGGAGACGAGGCAGUGGUGAAAGCACAUUCUGGAGAGCGUAGACGAUAAACCGGCCGCCCCCCCAGGAGGGAUUUGCAGGAAAGAUGGGGAGUGUGUUCCUGCCGGCGGACGCGGCCCACUCGGUGCUGCGGCGGCUGCGCAGGGCCAACUUCCUGCUGGAGGAGCUGAAGCAGGGUAACAUCCAGAGGGAGUGCCGCGAGGAGAUCUGCACCUACGAGGAGGCCCGCGAGGCUUUUGAGAACGACGAGAAGACGAGGCGGUUCUGGGAGGAGUACGUACGUGAGAGCAGUCCGUCAGGAGGUCUGGAGUCGGUGGUGGGCGGAGUCCACUCUCUGUACCUGAUCGUGCCGCUGCUGACCGUGGUGUUCAUCAUCGGCGCCGUCGCCAUCACCGUGUGGCGCUGCCACUCCCGCAAGCGCUCAGAGCGCAGCCCCGGGCCGGGCCGCUCCCACCACCACGACCACGUCCUGUCCGUGGUCUCCAUGGACCACUGGGGGCGGGACUACCACCACGCCGACCACUCGGAACUCAGCGUCCACAGCAGCCCCGCCUACCCCGCCUCGGAGGUCACGUCGGGGCGAGGCAGCGCCGGCGACCCGCCGCCAUCCUACGAGGAGGCCGUGGGCCACGCCCAUGUCCGCAUAGAGACGGAACCGCCGCCGCAAUACGAGGACAUCGUCAACACCAGCAGCAGCAGAAGCCAUGGGAAGUAAAAACCCUCACUUGGACCUCCUCGCCGGACCUCCUCCACCGUAUGACACAUGACCGCUUACUACCAGGGAUCAUCAUGAGACAUCAUGAAGGAUCAUCAAGGAUCAUCAAGGAUCAUGAAGGAUCAUGAGACAUCAUGAGGCACUAUGAAGGAUCAUGAGGCAUCAUGAAGGAUCACGGAGGACCAUGAAGCAUUACGAAGCAUCACAGUCGAUCACAAAGCAUCGUGACGCAUCACAGUGGAUCACGAUGGAUCGCGAAGCAUCACAGUGGAUCAUGAAGCAUCACAGUGGAUCAUGAUGGCUCAUGAAGCAUCACAGUGGAUCAUGAUGGAUCAUGAAGCAUCACAGUGGAUCAUGAUGGAUCAUGAAGCAUCACAGUGGAUCAUGAUGGAUCAUGAAGCAUCACAGUGGAUCAUGAUGGAUCAUGAAGCAUCACAGUGGAUCAUGAUGGAUCAUGAAGCAUCACAGUGGAUCAUGAUGGAUCAUGAAGCAUCACAGUGGAUCAUGAUGGAUCAUGAAGCAUCACAGUGGAUCAUGAUGGAUCAUGAAGCAUCACAGUGGAUCAUGAUGGAUCAUGAAGCAUCAGUGAUCACAGUGGAUCAUGAUGGAUCAUGAAUCAUCACAGUCGAUCAUGAUGGAUCAUAAAUCAUCACAGGGGAUCAUGAUAGUGGAUCAUGAAUCAUCACAGUGGAUCAUGAAUCAUCACAGUGGAUCAUGAUGGAUCAUGAAUCAUCACAGUGGAUCAUGAAUCAUCACAGUGGAUCAUGAUGGAUCAUGAAUCAUCACAGUGGAUCAUGAUGGAUCACAGUGGAUCAUGAAUCAUCACAGUGGAUCAUGAUGGAUCACAGUGGAUCAUGAUGGAUCACAGUGGAUCAUGAAGCAUCACAGUGGAUCAUGAUGGAUCAUGAAGCAUCACAGUGGA